AAGCACUCGUUACUUGAGCGAUUACCAAAUAAUUUCUAAGGUGCUUGUGACAUUUCUUUAACCAUUUCAGAAGUUUCCAGUUUACUGGCAGGAAGAAUUGCUGCCUAUCAACCUAUAUUUUAAAAUUUGCAUCGUAACUGUAUAACAUAAUUGAUAUUCAAAGAUCCAUGGCGGACGAAGUACAGCCAAACAUAGAAACAGUGGAAAUCAAUUCCCCUCAACAUAGAUCUUCCGGUAGAAAUGUUCUUUCUGCAGCUUUUCAUCCACCAGAGGAUGACAUUGAAUCAGACGAACGAGCUCCUCUAUAUCAAAAUUCACGACAGUCUACAGACACCGAACCAGAUACGGUAGAAUCAGACAACAAUGUGCCUCUUGAAAAUAUAUCCUCAGAUGGAAGAUCCUCACAUUCACCACAGGCUGCUUCAAGUUCAGCUUCCCGUCAACCCAGAACCCACUAUGUCGACAGUGUCUUUUCCAACUUAUCUGCAAAACCAAGUGCUGAUCCUGAGAAGGAAAACGAAGAACCACCGACGUAUGAAGAAGUUGCAGCUGAUAUUGCGCCGCCAUACUGGGAUACCACGAUGGUAGUUCCAAGCUUUGGAAGCAACGAAAUUUAUAUUGACGGCAUGACAGUCGGUUCACCGAUUGCUUUUUUUUGGAGUGCCCUAGUUUCCUUUGUUUUUCCCUUUGUAGGUUUUCUUGUCACAUACGUUUUGUCUGCAACCCAUUCCGGUCGUUAUGGAUCACAAAUUGGGUUGAGCUUGACCCUUUUACAAAGAGGAUAUAAUAUGGUAGUCGAAAGUGGAAUGCUACCAAAUGAUGGUAGUGAUGUUUCGGAUGAUUCUGAUGAAUUACCUCACCAAAAAUUAAUAGGUUGUAUUCUUUUAAUAACCGGUUGGUGCUUUUUCUUAGUUGACACUGUUAAUUUUAUUCGCAUCCGCCGGACAAAGAAUGCUAUCCAACAGACGAACCCAGAAAAUGUGGCUCCUGAAGCUAUUGUUUAAUGAUUUCCGAACUCAUUCGCAAGUCUUACUUGCAUUUAUUGUUUUGCAUCUUCUCUUUUUUUUCUUUUCUUUUACUCUUCCUAUUCCUCUCUAUAUCUUAAUUUAGUUAUGAUUGUUGUUUCGUUGUUCUUGAGGUUGUUUUCUAUGGUUUUUUUACGACUUUAUCAAUACCGAUACCUGAAAGGGGUAAUCAUGGAAUUGUUUAAUCCCUCGUGUAAUAUGUAUGUUUCCUUUUUUUAUUUAAUUUAUCAGACUCACCAAAAUAAAUACAUCCAUAAGGUCUACUGAGGAACAACGAUUGAGCCAUAUAAGAAAUGACUAUAUUGAGAAGUAAUUGUCUAAAGUAAGAUUCACUUAUAUAAUGAUUUUUCAUUAGUAAAACAUAGCAUAUAAACCCGUCAUUAAUAUACUUAAAGAUUUCUGACUUCUAA